AUGUCCACCCCUCCGCUCCCCAAAUCCCCCACCAGCCUCAACGUCAUCGCCCUAAUCUCCGGCGGGAAAGACUCUCUCUACUCCAUCCUGCACUGCAUCCGCAACGGACAUAAGGUUGUUGCAUUGGGGAAUCUUCAUCCCCCGAGUCGACGCACCAACAAUGUUAAAAAUGAGGAGGAAUUCGAAGAAGAAGACCUAGACAGCUUCAUGUACCAAACUAUUGGUCAUAGCAUCAUCCCUCAAUAUGAAUCCGCCUUGGGGAUUCCUUUAUAUCGACAGGAGAUUAUCGGCUCUGCGGUUGAUACGGGGAGGGUGUAUCGGGAUCAACAACAACAACGAAACCAACCCUCAUCUGGGAAAGGGGACUAUGGAGAGGGUGAAGUUAGAGAAGAAGACGCAGACGAAACAGAAUCCCUAAUUCCCCUCCUUCAACGCAUCAAAGCCGCCCACCCCGAAGCAAACGCCAUCUCCGCCGGCGCUAUACUAUCCACGUAUCAACGAACCCGGAUCGAGAACGUCGCUGCGAGGAUGGGUCUCGUUCCGUUGGCGUGGUUGUGGAUGUAUCCGUCUUUGCCUGCGCCGUUGGAACGGAUGGGGUUGCCUGGUGAUGCGGGCCUGUUGGAGGAUAUGGCUGCUUGUGGGUGUGAAGCGAGGAUUAUUAAGGUUGCGUCGGGGGGAUUGGAUGGGGGGUUUUUGUGGGGGGAUGUUUCGGGGAGGGAUGGGUUGGUUAGGAGGAGGAUUGUUAAUGGGAUGAGGAGGUGUGUGGAUAAGGAUGGGGAUGGGGAUGGGGUGACGCCGGAGAGUGUGAGGAGGCCAGUGGUGUUGGAUGAGGCUUUUGCGGGGGUGUUGGAGGGGGUGUUGGGGGAUGGGGAGAAGGGGGUGAUGGUGACUGGGGGGAAGGAGAUGGUGAAGGGGGAGUGGGGUCAGUUGGAGAUGCUGCAGAGUACGAAUGGAGGGACUUGGGUGGUGGCUAAUAUCACGGCUCCGGAGGCUGGGCCUGGGGCUGAGGAGCAGAUGAAGGCGAUUGCCGAGAAGAUUGAGGCGAUUUUGGCUUCUACAGGGAAUGGGAAUGCGCCUCGCACUACGGCUGAUAUCGUCUUUACGACGGUGCUGCUUCACUCUAUGGCGGAUUUCGCCUUGAUGAAUGGCAUCUAUGUUUCGUUGUUCAAGAAGCCUAACCCUCCGGCGAGAGCCACGGUGGCUUGCGGUGAUAGCCUGCCCGAGGGUGUGAAGGUCAUGGUCUCGGCGGUGGUGGACUUGGGUGCUAGAGAUCAACGACAGGGUCUUCAUGUCCAGUCUCGUUCUUACUGGGCGCCGGCCAAUAUUGGUCCAUACUCGCAAGCCAUGUCUGUGCCUGUACAGGGUUCGGAGCAUAUGGUGUACAUCGCUGGACAGAUUCCUCUGGAACCGGCGUCGAUGGAGGUAAUGGGAACUUCACCGGAAGCGUUGACGCGGCCGUGGAUUGAGAAUUAUUCCACGCGAGCUGUGCUGUCUUUGCAGCAUCUUUGGAGGAUCGGUCAUGCCAUGCAAGUUGACUGGUGGUUGGGGGCGGUUGCUUUCCUGACAGGAGGAGAGCAUAUUGCGACACAGGCCCGACUAGCAUGGGAACUCUGGGCCAAGAUGCAUGCUCGUGAGGAGGAGGAAGACGAGGAUGAUGGUGACUCGGGCUUGGAUGUGUGGGAUAUCAAGUAUGGAGGCCGGGCACACGAGCAGGUGACGGGUGCGACAACGCCUCGUUUACCCAACUUUGAGGUGGUCCAGUCAGACGCCUUGGUUCCUGCAUUCUUCGCGGUCCAGGUCGAGGAAUUACCGCGAGGAUGUGACAUCGAAUGGCAGGGUCUGGGCUACCGAUGUGGUGAGUUGAAGAUGGCCGCAGAGGAAACGGACUAUGGCCGUAAGAUCGCUGUGUCCACCGAGCAGAACCUCAGCUACGUCAGCAUUGAAAUCGAUGCGGAGCAGUCACCGUCAGAUGUGGAAUCACAUCUGCAGCCUGUCCUGCAGGCGCUUCCCGAGGGAUCGGACGGUUCCCACACGAUCAUCUAUACCAGUCAGCCACUGUCCAGGGUUCCGUUCCCGGCGCAGGUGGUUCCCUGCAAGUCAGUCUGGGGUCCAAGAGGACGCCAAUUGGCAGCUGGAGUCAUUGUACAGAGACAGACUUCAUCGUUCUAG